AAGAAACAGUAUAUUUUCGCUUCGAUGACUCCAGCAGCACCAGAUCCAGACUCGUAUUUGUCUCGUCUUAGCAGUCUCUCAUGUCCGAUAGACUCUCCGCUUGUUGCAGCCGCCCCUGUGGCCGUCGCCAUCGGUGGUUCCAUACACGACGUGAACCUUGCCGACUCGAGCAUUUAUGCACCAGAUGCAACGGCUGAAAAGGGACUGGCACAAACGGUGGCAUAUGCAGUGAAAGAAGCUGGAUAUCUGGCUAAAAUGAAUGCUCUCCUUGAGGAAGGACAAAAACUGCUGGCAAGCUUGUACUCAUAUCGUAGCUGUAGCCGAGCGAUUCCGCAGGUCCAAAGCAACGAGCAGGCAAAUCGAUUGGAGAUAUAUCAGCGAACAUAUGAAGUCCUUCAACCAGAGGUGGACAAGAUGCAGAAAUUUAUGGCAUUUCGGGAUGCCGCUAUUGCUGGUGUAACAGACGUCUUUGCCGAAAUGGUUCCCGAGAUGCGGGACAGAGAUUUCUUCCCAAGUGCAGACUUCUUGGAGACCUGUGCUCAAGUGUUGGAUAUGUUUGUCGUUAUGGAUGCGAUGAAAAACAUUAAAGGAUCUAUGAACAAUGAUUUUUCGAUGUACAGAAGAGCUGUUCAAAGCGCGAAUCGUAACGUGAGCGAAGAUGACACCAUUAUGCAGCACAAACUGUAUUCCUUCUUGGCGAAUCAAGACCAGUACUCCUCAGAACUGAAGAACUCACUCUCCAAACUUUCAUCGACAUAUGAAGACAUCAUUACAGAUAUGAUCGAAAAUUGCGCCGAUCGUAUCGAGAGCGGGCAGUAUCUUCUCCCGAAGACAAAAUAUAUGUAUUAUAGGGCAAUAUCAUUUGGCUUGUAUUUAUUGGAUAAAGAAGGAGAGGAACAUGAUAUUACUCGACGAAAGAAGUUCAAGCUUGACCGAUUUGGAAAGAUUUUGAAGGCCUGCCCAGUGGUCCCUCUCUUUGCCGAUCAGUACGUCAGCUUAUCUACCAUAUACAGCAAAGCACCUCAUCUCAGCAAUACGAAAUGGGAAGAGGCAGAAGAAGCAGGAAAGGCCAAUCUUGCCCGAUCGUACAGCCUUGUCAAUCAUAUCGAUGUGGCAAGAGCAGAGUACAUAGAAUACGUUGCGCUAUUUAAGCGCACGAUCAAUGCUUUGCGACCGUCAGACGGAACGAACGCGGCCAUACCACAAGAGCAUUGCACAACUGUCUAUAAUAUUGUUCUACAAGGGCUCAAGACGCUUGCACAGUGCACAACAGCUGUCUUGGAGCAGAGUGCCUGGAAAUACGCCAAUCCAGUUAACCCACAGAUUGCUCGCCAUAUACCUAAUGAGGCACUUUCCUAUGAGCUGGCUGUUCGUUUCAAUUACAGUGCAGAGGAGAAACGAGCGCUCAUUGAGUACAUAGCUAUGAUCAAAAAUCUUUCCUCCAUGCUCUUGAGUCUGGACAGAGCAUUCCUAGUGGCUAUCAAUCAUCAGAUUUACAUGGAUGUUCAAGACUUUGCCCGAAACCAUAUUAGCGAUUUCUUCGUCCACGCCAGUAAGAAGAAACGCCCGGUGGCAGCGAUAAUCAAGCAUUUGCGGGAUAUCGCAUUUGACGGCCCGCCAUGGGACGACGAUGCCGCCGGUCGGGGUAAGAAGGACACUAAAAGUUCUGCUGGAGACACGCACGACAGUGCACCGCGGGCAAAUCCCCUCGCACCAUCGCUGCUCCAAAUCGUUCGCUUGGUUCUAAACUCCUGCUUCAACGAAAAAGCCAAGGGAAUGAAAGGUGGUCUCAUGCGAGAGAAAGACUUUAAGGAUUCCCAGGCAAACGAGGUCCAAGAGUUCCUCAACCGAAGUAGGAUGUACCUUCCGAUGCUGGACUUGGAAGGUACCGUCCGUCAACUGUCAGAUCUGUCAGAUCUAUGGUUCAAGGAAUUCUAUCUGGAACUUAGUAAAAAAGUCCAGUUUCCUAUCAGUAUGUCUUUACCCUGGAUUUUGACGGAAUAUAUUCUCCAUUCCAACGAUGCGGAGAUGAUACAAUAUGUUUUCUAUCCAUUUGAGCUUUAUAACGAUGCUGCAUAUCGGACUUUAUAUCAUUUGAAAAGCAAGUUCAUUUACGACGAGAUUAACGCCGAGGUCAGCCUCUGUUUCGAUCAAUUGAUCUUCAAACUGAGCGAGAAAAUCUUCUUACAUUAUAAGAAGGCUGCAUCAUGCAUUGUCCUGGCUGCAGAUCUAAAGACCGAGACAGAUCUUGCUCACAUGGGUCUUGUUCUCGAAGCAUACGACGGAAUUCUGGCACAAAAGAACUAUCAGCUACUCGGCCGCUCAUUAAACAUGUGGGAGCCCAUUGGACAAUGGAUGAACCACCAUCUCCGAAAGAGCAUCGAUACAGCCAUUUGCCGGUAUGAAGGGAGCGAUCUGACAUAUAUAACAGAUCUGGAUACUCUGCUUCGGAGCGCUCGGAUGACCCACCAGCUACUAUCUCGGCGCAUAAUUUUGGAUAAUUUUGACGACAUGCUAGCAGAAGUCGACGAAUCCGUGUCUAUAGCAGCCGUAAACGGACGUAUCAUAUCGCAUACCCUCAAUCAACUCGUCAACGACUUCAUCCCGAACUAUUGCUUCAACAGUGUAACCAACAGGUUCUUACGAGGACCUGUCGCAUUUGUACCCGAGGCAUCUAGGCACAGCUUUCCAAAAGCACCUCCAAUCUAUCUGUAUGGCUCAAAGGCGCUUUCAGUAGCUUUUAGUGCACAAAAUGCUUUACUGAAGGAAUUCAUUGGGGAACCACACUUCAAGACCAUAACUCGAUGGACGGGGAAGCAUGGAGUACCCGUCAUCAUAACGGAGCUUUCGAAGCACAUCGACUCCAUAGUCAAAAACACCAUGACGGCGUACAUCGGUGUCAUAUCAAAAGGAACUCCCCAAACAAUGAAACUGCCGUUGUUUGAAUACGGAACGGCUGGGACAUUCGAGUACUUCGCUGCACAUCUUAAGCCACUGAUAACAUAUCCGGCUUUAAAGUCAGAUGUACUACAGGCUUUUCGGGAGGCCGGAAACACUGUUCUGACGGUUAAAUUCUUGGAGGACGUUCUGGCGAUAGACGGGCCAUUCCAAGAUAUGCAAACCUUGGACUUUGUUCCCCAAGCCCCCGAUUCCAGGGCAACCGCUUACUCCAAGCUCAGAGAUUUUGAUGAAGUGUUUGAGUCUCACAAUUAUGCCACGCCAUACCGAACCUGGGUGGAACGUACUGACGUUCUUUAUGCUCCAUCCCCCCCAAAAGCACUGAUGAGCCCAUUUUUGGAACACUUGCGUGAAACCCUCGAUUCCGUUGCGGACGAGUGGCAGGCUGAUGGUCAUCUAGAAAAUCCACGCGCGUUUUUCAGAAUUUGGAGUGCUCUUCAAUUCACAUUUUGUGUACCAAGCGUCGGAGAAGGGAGACUUGUCAGGGAGCUCUUUGGCGAAGGUCUUUCAUGGGCAGGAUGCACCUUUAUCCAUCUGCUGAACCAGACCGACGUAUAUACUGCCUUUGACUUCAACAACCACUGUCUAUCGGUACAACGCGCCGAUCGAAAGGCUGCACAUUUGACAUUCGGCUUUGGACAAUACGGAGGUGCGAUAGGGGUUACCGGAGCGAACGAAAAAGCAGCUGGAACUCCGGAUUCGGCAAGUUUGUCCCCUACGUCUGCAACCGCAGCAACAGCCAUUGGACUCCGACAGGAUGUCGUACAGUUCUUGGAGAGUGCGUCCUUCUACCAAAAUGUGAACGAAGAAGUCUUUGCGACUUUGAUGGGAAUGGAGGCCGUGGCAUGAGGACAACUGAACACCGGUAUUCGCAUGUUAGGGAAGGGAAAUUGAUAGGAGUGUUAAAGUAUGCAUUUAUUAUUAUGUUUCACGUUAAAACCAUUUUCUUUACGGACGGGCACAUGUGACUAUAGCAUGAAUCCAAUGUUCAGAUUUCGUUGAC